AAGAAAGGUAAACAAUUUUCUCAACCAAACUCCUUUUCGCAGUUCUCUUGAAAAUCGUAUAGUCAUUUAAAAUUGUAACCGAUGGGAUGUUCGAUUUUUGAAACAAAGUAAUAUGUUUUUGGUAGUAUGUCCAAAAGAAACAAACAAGUCAAAGCUGAUUGAAAUUUAAGUUUCAUUUUGAGCAUUUAUAGGUUGACAACAUUAGGUUCUUGUUAGAGUUAAUCAUUUUUAUUUAGCUUGGAUCUCCUAAUCUCUCGCCUAUUGUCCUGCAACUUGAGAUUCGUUUCCAUCGUUACUAAAUUAAAUCUAGCUACUAGACACUUGUUAAUUCGCUAGCUGUUAACAAGGCCCAUGGAGAAAUCCAAUUAAGGUGGCCUGUUAACACCACCCAAUGUUGGUCCAAGAAGACCUUUUCUUGUUCUCUCUAUUGAUUACAAAUGAAUCUGAGUCAUUCUUUACUUAAGAAGUUACCAAACUACCCACAGCUACUUGCUUUCGUUUUUGUGUGGGAAAACGUCCUGGUUCCCCAUGAGAACUAUGAUAUCGUACCAGAUGGAGCCCGAUCUUUACCCCCGUCCCAGAUGGCUCUCAUGAAAUUCUUCUCAAUCUAUAUACCCAUAUAUCGGGAUGUUAUCGGUUUAAAGAGUGAACCGAUACGAUACCGUUCAUACCAAAUAGAAAACCAAAAAUAAAACCUGACUGAUGUUAAUAAUCCGACCCGAGACGAUACAUCUAUAACACAUCUAUAACUCCAUUAAAAUCCCCAAAUCCUCAAACCCUAAAAGCAUAAAAUUCUUAAAUCGAUCUUUGCAACCAUGAGUACCGUUUCUGGAGGUUCGAGUGGUUCAUCAAAUGUUCGACAAAGAGGAUUCGUCGUUGGCGUGCCUAAGAGAUGCUGGUGUGGGGAACACAUCGUGGCAAAGAAUUCCAAAUCCGAGCCUAAUCCUUCUCGGAGAUACUUUCGAUGUCGAGAAGCAGCAGCAAAGAAGCUUGUGAACGAUAACCACAUCUUUAAGUGGGUCGAUGAGGCAUUGUUGGACGAGGUAGCAACAUUGGGUGUUCAAUUUGAGAGAGUAAAAGAAGAGAUGAAAGAGCGUACAAUAGAGACAUUGCAAGAACAGAAGCUGAAAUUUGAGAAGAUGCAAAUGGAGUUCGAAAAAGAGCUUUGUGAGAGGGUUGAAGAAGUUUUGUUGGAAGCAAAAGCUGAAUUGCAAUGUAGGAUGAAUAAGAGUAUAAUUGUAUGUGUUUUCGGUUUUAUGAUCUUGUUUGCUCUGUUUAAGCUUGUAUGAUGAGCUAUUGUAAACUAUUGUUCGGUUGUAAUCUAUUGUUGUUCGGUUGUAUGCUCUGCUUUAUGCUCUUGUUUGUUUUGGUGUUGAGUGUGAACUCCUGUUGGUGUUGCUAUUGCAUUUAAUAAGAUAAGACAUUCCACAUUUCAUAAAAGGCAGAACAUGAUGAACACAUGUUCUGAAAACAAGCAGAAUGAUAACGUUUUGAAAUCAUGUUCUCAACAUGAUCACAGACCAAAAACAUAACCCUACUAGUCUAUUCGACCAAAAUACAGAUCCAACUAGUCUCUUAAACCAAAAAACAGACCCCUACUACCAUAAUCUUCAAUAUUCAGGCUUGUGAAAGUCCUCCACCACCUUGAGAUAGUCCUCCACCACC